AGGUAUUGGCAUUUUCUAUUUCAUUAUUUGGUUUUUGUUUCUUCUCCGACAAAUACUUAAAAAUGGAUAAGAAAACUGCUUGCGCACAUGUGGCAGAGCCAUGCGAGUUCUCAUAUUCUACCAGAGAUGCUAUUAUUUAUGCUCUUGGAGUUGGUGCUCGAGCGAAAGAAGAUUUGUGCUACGUUUAUGAGAACCAUGAAGACUUUAAAGUGCUUCCAUCGUACAUUGUUGCUCCAGGAUUUCAAGCUCACACUUUGAUGGAUUGGCCAGGAGUUGAAUUUGAUCUUCAGAGAGUUCUUCACGGAGAACAAUAUAUUGAAGUCUAUCAACCACUUUCAGCAGAAGGAAAAUUGAAAUCUGAAGCUAGAGUCGUUGAUAUUCUUGACAAAGGAUCCGGUGCUUUGAUUCUUGGAAAUGUUACCACUUAUGAUGAAAAUGGAAAGAAGAUUGCAAUGCAACAAUUCAGUACUUUUCAAACCGGUUCUGGUAACUUCGGAGGGGAUCGUACAUCACCUCAUGAAAUAAAAGCUGCCACUGUCCCAGAUAGAGCUCCAGAUGCAGUUAUUGAACAAAAGACAACAGUUGAUCAAGCUGCUCUUUAUCGUUUGGGAUCAGGAGAUAUGAAUCCUCUUCACGUUGAUCCAGAGUUUGCUAAGAUGUCUGGAUUCAAAACUCCAAUUCUUCAUGGAUUGUGCAGUCUGGGAUUUGCGACACGCCAUGUUAUCGCUGCUUGGGCUGGAAAUGAUUCUGACAAAUUCAAAGCAAUCAAGGUUCGAUUCUCAUCGCCAGUGCUUCCAGGACAAACAUUGGUUACUGAAACCUGGAAGAAUGGAAAACGAAUUAUUUUCCAAAUGAAGGUUAAGGAAACUGGAAAAAUUGUAAUUUCCAACGCCUUUAUUGACUUGCACGAGGCUUCCGAACUUCCAACAGUUCCAAUUGAUCUUGCAUCAAAAUUGUAAAAAUUUAAAGAAUUAUUUAUUCACUGGUAAGAUUAAGUAGAUCGUAUUAGUUUUAUCGUAUUUUGUUUCCUGAAUAUCAUAUGUGAAUAAACCGUUUUUUUCUU